UCUCUGCUUUGUACUUUUCAAUCCAGAAUUCAAUGAUAAGAUUAUCAUAAAACUCUGAUUUUUGCAGAAUGAAAAUGAAACUUUGAUCUAAAAACAAAAAAAGAAAAAGAAAAUGAAACAUUUGGAAUGCAGUCAGAGCUCUCUCCCGGACGAUAUUGCCCUUAAGAUUGCUUCUUUACUUGAGGUCUCGGAUUUAUGUGCACUGGGCAGUUGUUCUCGGUUUUGGAGGGGAAUCUAUGGCUCUGAUUGUUUAUGGAAGUCUUUGACAAGAGAAAGAUGGCCAUUUUCAGAUUUAUCACAAGGGUCUUCAUCAUCAUCUUCAACUUCUAUCGAAAUCCCCAUCUCCAAGGGUUGGAAGAGCUAUUACAUCAAAAAGCACAAUGAGAUGGCAGAUAGAGUGGCUGAGGUAGUGGAGUUUGUGAGAAGAUCCCCAACGUCUGAAUCGAUUCAGGUUGGGGACUAUCUGAGAGCAAUUGAUAAUUUGCAUUCAAUGCAGCUUGGUUUUAAAGAUGUUCAAUUAAACUUUUUCAAUCCAAAGCUUAAUGCACUGCUCAAUUUAGUUGGCUUGCACUACUGCAUAAAAUGGCUUCAAGUUCAGGCUGAGAAAGUCCUGGAAGCCCUUGAAUGUAGCAAGAUCUCAGAUAGGCAAGUUAGCGUUAGAUGGUGGAAGGUCGGAAGACGGUUCUAUGGUUUCAGAAUGCGCGAUGAGUCUCACUGUUGUCGGGUCUCUUUGGCAGACCUUGCAACGGAAAGGGGAGAUGAAGUUCUCGGUGUGCUCCAUCGCGGUGCCAUUCAUGAAGUAUUACAAGUUCAGAUCUCUGUAGCUGAUUGCUCAUGCUCUCCCUGGUUUUGCUAAGAACAUUGGAAACAUGGUCUGAGGAUGGGAUAAUGAUAAUCUAUGAGUCUAUAUAAUAUGUAUAUUAUUGUGUUUCUAUGUUUUCUUGAUGUCAUAUAAUGAUAUACAUACACAAAGUGUUAAUCGGUCGUGCUUCUAUUUUGUAGAUAUCUGUACUAUGUCACUGAAAGAGGUAUAUGCCUUCUUUCUUCUGCUUGUAAAAUCUCCUCCUCUGCUAAGUUAAUAUUUAUUGUUCUGAAAUGAAAAAGAAACCACUUUAUGGUAUUCUGAGAA